AUGAUGGAGGAAUACACGGCGGAGAAUAUACAGAGUGUUCGGGAUCUCUUCGCCGGAAAAUUUGUUUGUGGACUCUGUUCCGAGGCGGUGAAGUACGAGAUUUUCCGGCGAAGAAUCGGAGUCGAUGAAGCUUUAGCGAUUCACUUAAGGUUUUACAGCGAGUUUUUUGCUUCUCCGUCUCCGACGAUAUAUUUCAUAUCGGCGAUCGGAGAGAUGUUUAGGAGAAGACUGUAA